GAUGCUUUAGAUUCAAUAAAUAAUAUUCCAUGCGCUGAUUUUAAAGAAAAUAAUGAAAGUCCAUACAUAAUGAGCCCUUUGUUGGAGAGAAUAGGAGAUAUUUUGGACAAAUUAAACGAACGAAAUCUAUCCCGUGAUGAUCUAUCUACCUAUUAUUGGGCAUUUGAAACUAUAUAUUCAUUUUCUAAUAGUAUAAUAAAAGAUUUAAAAAAUGAAACUCAUUCAUAUUGUGAAUUUGUACCUUAUAAUCAGAACUAUUUAUGGGAAGAAUGGAUUCAAGAAUACAAAGCUAUAAUUAAACACGACGAAAAAUUAAAAUUUUUAAAGUUUUUAACAAGACAAUUUAAAUAUUAUAUCAAGACUAUAAUUAGAGAAAAUUAUUUUCAACUGGGAUUUACAUUUAAUCCAAUUACUGAAGAAACAUUAUUACCAACACCAAAUGAGCUAUAUGUACAAGAUUUGGAAUUUAAAGCAACAGUUGAUGAAUUUCAAAGGCGAAUACAAAUAAAAAUUCAGUAAAUGUUGUAAUCAAAUUAAUUUUUUCUAGAUUUAUUUUAUAUAAUUAAUCUCAAUUUACAUUAUUAUUUAGCAAUUCUUUAAAUUAUUAUUUAAAUAUAAAAAUAUGUAUUAUACAAUUAUAUUUUUGUCACACA